AUGCGGCCCGAUGACAUCAACCCGAGGACUGGGCUGGUGGUGGCCCUGGUCAGUGUCUUCCUGGUCUUUGGCUUCAUGUUCACCGUGUCUGGGAUGAAAGGGGAGACUCUGGGUAACAUCCCCCUGCUGGCCAUUGGGCCAGCCAUCUGCCUCCCGGGCAUCGCGGCCAUUGCCCUGGCCAGGAAAACCGAGGGCUGCACCAAGUGGCCCGAGAACGAACUCCUCUGGGUCCGCAAAUUGCCCUGCUUCCGGAAGCCCAAGGACAAGGAGGUGGUGGAACUGCUGAGGACCCCUUCAGACCUGGAGUCAGGAAAGGGGAGCUCGGAUGAGCUGGCUAAGAAGGCGGGCCUCAGGGGACAGUCUCCCCCACAGGGGCAGGGCGAGGUGGUGACUGCCAGUUCCAUCACCACCCCCACACCCAAAGAGGAAGAAGGCCAGAGCCAGGCCCAGAGCGCACACCUCGAGACGUCCAGAUACCUGGAUGGGUACUGCCCCUCGGCCAGUUCCCUUGCCUACAGUGCCUUGGAGGCCAAGUGCUCAGCCUGGGACAGGUCCGACUGCCCUGAGCCGGAGGACAGCAUCUUCUUCGUGCCCCAAGACAGUAUCAUCGUUUGCUCCUACAAGCAGAACAGCCCCUACGACAGAUACUGUUGUUACAUCAAUCAGAGCCAAGGCCGGUGGGACCACGAGACCAUAGUCUAA